UAUGCCAGCCACAUGAAGACGCGGGUGACCAAGGCGGUGCUGCUUGGCAUCUGGCUGGGCGUGCGCACCUUCGCCCUCCUGCCCAUCGCCGGCCUGGGCCAGUACACACUGCAGUGGCCCGGCACCUGGUGCUUCAUCAGCACCAGUGACAGCCAGUUCACCGGGAGCCGCCUCUUCGCCUCCACCUUUGCCGUCCUGGGGCUCCUCUCCCUCAUGGUGACAGUGGUGUGCAACUUGGCCACCAUCGAGGCAUUGGUGUCUCGUUGUCGGACCAAAGUGACUGCAUCGCGCUCCAGCAAGCAGUGGGGGCGAAUCGCCAUGGAGACACUGAUCCAGCUCUUGGGGAUCAUGUGUGUCCUCUCGGCCUGCUGGUCACCGCUGCUGAUAACGAUGUUGAAGAUCAUCUUCAGCCGCACAUCGUUUGAACACUGCAAGGAAUUCUCCAGUGAAGCCCAAAGCUCAGAACUGCACAAGGAAUGCAAUUUCUUCCUGACAGCUGUGCGUUUGGCCUCGCUAAACCAGAUACUGGAUCCGUGGGUUUACUUGCUUCUCAGAAAGAUCCUCCUCCAGAAGUUCUGUCAAGCAGCCAACGCUGUCUCCAAGUGCUCUAACAAUGAGUGCAAAGAGAGAUCAAUCACCUUGUCAGAGGAAAUCCGACGGACAGCGGCAUGAAGGAACAUUGAUCCAUUUGCAUGGAAAAACUACUUUUGACAACAAGUAGUUUUAAAUCUUACUGUGAAUUGGGGUAUCUGUAACAUGUUAGCAUCUGCAUAAAUAGCUGAAAAUGGUAUUACUGAGUGGGCCUAUAGUGCCAAAUAAUUAUUUAUCCAAUGUGCCAAAAAUUCUCACAUACAGAAGAAGGAAUUGGUUUUGUUUCUACAUUCUGUUGUUAUUGCCAUUCAUAAAUGAGCUGCAGAACAUGAAGUUUUGUGUGCCUAAUAUAGAGUUUGGAGGGAAUUUUCUUGUAAGGUAGAAAAAAUGGUUUUCCCAUCAGGGGAGACUUGGAAGAGAUUCAACAGAUUAAAUUACUGGAGACACCCACUCCUAUAUAUAUUUUAAU